AUGGCCAUUGCUAGUGAUGUUACCAUUAACUCCAGCAAGUUCAAUCACCAAAACAUCACCGACGACACGGUGAAAACAAAUGCCCUUCUUGAGACAAUUAGCUCGAAAGGCCCUCAAUGGAACGAAGUCGGUGCCGCCAAAUAUCGCGAGAUGCGAGAAACAGGAGACACACCUCUCCCUAUGCCAGUCUAUCUCCCCCAAGCCAAAGAUGAAGCCAUACCAUCGAGGGACCUGGGCCGCAGCAUUCCAAUUCGUGUUUAUAAACCGGAUAAUGGACAGCCCAGCAAGGGCGUCUUUCUUCACAUCCACGGUGGCGGCUUUGUAUUGGGUUCCCAUCAGCAUCAAGAUGAAACCCUCCAAAGAUACGCCAACGCCUGCCAACUGACAUCCAUCUCCGUAGGAUACCGCCUCGCACCCGAGAACCCAUGGCCCGCAGCAGUGCACGACUGCGCCGAUGUAGCAGAGUACCUCAUCGACAAUGCAUCUAUCUUCGGCGGCAGUCUGCUCUUCGUGAGUGGCGAGUCCGUCGGUUCAUGUCUUGCAGCAAUUACUGUCUUCCAUCUUCUGCGUGCUCGUCCGCACCACCAACUCGCUGGCACUGUUCUCCCGUUCGGCCAAUUCGACCUGACACUGAAUCUGCCGAAGGUGUCAUCCUUUGAGCGGCGCCUCGUCAUCAACCGUGAAGCCCUGCAGCGGUUCGGUAACGCCUACACGCCGAAUAUGACAAUUGAGCAGCGUCGUAAUCCAAGCAUAUCGCCUCUUUACGAAGACAUGGAAACUUUAUCGAAGGUGCAGGGAUCACUGCCGCCGGCUUUGUUUCUUUGUGGAACUGAGGAUCCUCUGCUGGAUGAUACGCUUCUUAUGAGUGUAAAGUGGAUGAGCACUGGUAGUGACGCUGUUGUCAAAAUAUACCCUGGUGCACCUCAUGCUUUCACCAUCUUCCCUGGCUUCAAGCCCGGCGAGGAUGCCAUCGCUAUGUCACUAAAGAAGAAGCUUAUGUCUAAUAUUCCCGAAAUAUUGCCACACUGGCUUGUGUUUCCAAUCCAAGUCAGCAACGAGGUGUUCAAAGUUUCAGGGGCGUCAAUCUGCUCUGAUGCACCUUCGUACUUUACACAAUACUUUUUGAACCAGAUCAAAGCCGCGCAAGUGAACAAGGAAGACCUGGGAAAGGCCAUCAAGACGCUCUACAUAGAUCGAGAUCCAAUCACAUUCAAAGAUAUCUUGCUGCAUCUUCAGGGCUACUACGUCGCCCCGACUGAUGAAGUUCAUUUUACGAGAUUGUUUGCCGAUGCACAAUUCUACAGUCUCCCAAGACUAAUAUCACAGCUACACGAAUCGGGCAUCUUCAUAUCAAUCGGGCAUCGGCAGUUUCAAAUCCCCCGUAGCCUCUUGACUGAUUCAGCCAACUCACCCAACUUCUUCACCCUUGGUUACGCAACACAGUUUUCUCGCCCUGAAGACCCCUUCCCCGGCGCCGAAGGCAAGACACUAAUACGCCCACCUUCUGUGAUCCCUUCCUCUGUGCCAAAUCGGUGUGCCGAGACAUUUUCCGACUUGCUGCAUUUGCUUCGGGGUUAUCCGAUAACUAUUCGGGAUGAAAACCACCGAGAAGAACUUCUCCGUGAUGCGAGAUACUUCCAUUUCAAAGGACUAGAACAGCAGCUCAUCCCGCAUCUGAUAGGCUACAAUGCGCUCCGACAAUCUGAUGAAAUAACCGUGCGGCUGGAGAAUAUACAAAAAAGCGGUAUUCGUGUGCCGCUGACCGACGAAUCCAGCGCAAGCUCUUUACCCGUGUUUGUUCAUUACGCUCGGCCAUUGGUAGACGAUCGGGCACGCGAAUUAAUCGUAGAGAUUGGUGACGAAACAACCAAAAUGUACUUCUUUCCAGCUGGUGUACGGGCAGAAUUCCUGAAUGAUGCGCAGAAUCGAGUCUCGAAACUUCUGGAAGUGGCCACAGACAAAUUAGACUUGAUACCUGCCAUGGACGCCCUCAACCUACAAAUGGAAGUUGACGAUCGGGAAAAGACUCCUACUCCAACCACAGUGAGUUCAAAACCCAAUCUGAUCAAGGUCUCACUGGAACCUGAAUCGGCUAUCACGGUGGACGGCAAGCCAUAUACCAGCGAGUUGUCACUGCUAAAUGAUCGGGACACCAACACCACCGCUAAACCACGGAAGCGGCAACGCACCGUAUCUGGCUCACCGGUCUCAUGGAUCGUCAAGACUGGACAAUGGAGGGUAUGCUUCCUGCCAGGAAAGGAUGGGGAGAGCGGGAUGGAUUGUGUACUAGUUGCUGUCAAGAUUGACGCCAUUACAUCUGAGUUAGAGCGAAAUCGAGUCAAGGAUUAUCUUGUGAGUCCAAUGCGUGGUGAUAGUCCUGACAAAAUAUAA